AUGGAACUCUUCCAACUUCCCACCAGCACCACAAGUAGUUCAUCCUCCUUCUUCUUCAUCCUCCUCCUCCUCCUCCUGAUCCUCAUCUUCUCCCUUUGGCUCCGCCGGUGGUGGUGCAACUGCGAGAUCUGCCGAGCCUACGUGACGCAGAGCUGGAGAGACAAGUUCGUGAACCUCUCCGACUGGUACUCGGACCUCCUGUCCCGCUCCCCGACGCAGACCAUCCACGUCCACGUCCUCGGCAACGUCAUCACCGCCAACCCGGGCAGCGUCCGGCACAUCCUCAAGUCCAACUUCCACAACUACCCAAAGGGGAAGCCCUUCUCCUCCAUCCUCUCCGACUUCCUCGGCCACGGCAUCUUCAACGUCGACGGCCCUUCCUGGCUCUUCCAGCGCAAGCUCACCGCCUCCUCCCUCCUCCUCCCUUCCUCCUCUUCCUUCCUCACCGCCAUCGUCCUCCACGAGCUCCACCACCGCCUCCUACCCCUCCUCCUUUCUUCUUCCUCCUCUUCCGCAGCCGCCGUCGACUUGCAAGACCUCUUCCGCCGCUUCUCCUUCGACACCAUGUGCCGCUUCUCCUUCGGCCUCGACCCCCGCUGCCUCCUCGACGUGUCCGAGUUCGCCCAGGCCUUCGACCUCGCCUCCAGGCUCUCCGCGGAGCGUGCCAUGGCCGUCUCCCCUCUCGUGUGGAAGCUGCAGAGGUUCUUCAACAUCGGCAACGAGAGGAGGAUGAAGCAGGCCAUCCGCUUGGUGGACGCGGUGGCGAACCAGGUCAUCACCAACAAGCGGAACCACCUACUUCUUCUUCUUCAGGAGGAGGAGGCCGAGGAGGAUCUGCUGUCCCGGUUCAUGCGGGUGGUCGGAAACGACGACGUAUUCCUCCGCGACAUCAUCAUCAGCUUCCUCCUGGCGGGGAGGGACACCGUGGCGGCCGCGCUCACCAGCUUCUUCUGGCUGGUCGCCAAACACCGCCACGUGCAGUCGGAGAUCCUGGCGGAGGCCAGCCGCGUGCUGGGCCCCGACGACGACUCGGUGAGCUACGAGCAGGUGGAGAAGCUGCAGUACCUCCAGGCGGCGGUGUACGAGAGCAUGAGGCUGUACCCGCCCAUCCAGUUCGACUCCAAGUUCGCCCAAAGCGACGACGUUUUGCCGGACGGGACGCCCGUGAGGAAGGGGGAUAGGGUUACCUACCACCCCUACGCGAUGGGGAGGAGUGAAGGGAUAUGGGGCCGGGACUGCCUCGACUUCAAACCCGAGAGGUGGUUGAGGAGCGGGUCCGGGUCCUUCUGCCCGCCCGUGAACCCGUUCGAGUACCCGGUUUUCCAGGCCGGGUUGAGGGUCUGUCUCGGGAAGGAGAUGGCCUUGGUGGAGAUGAAGACCGUGGCGGUAUCCUUGCUUCGGAGGUUCCACUUCAAUCCAACGACGUCGUCCGAUGAUCACCACCACCCGAGAUUCUCCCCUGGCCUCACCGCCACUUUCAGCGGCGGCUUGCCGGUCCUCGUACGACAAAGAAAUUAA